GGUUGCACAUUUUGUUUUGGUGGUGUGUUUCCUGAGAAUAACUGCAGUUAUCAGGAUGUUUUAAACCACCUGAAACUGACCAAAGACAAUGAGCUGUAUUACAUGACACGGCCUGUUAAAAACUACAAACAGCCCACUCACGUAUCUCUGGAAGUACUUCUCUACGCCAUUCUAGACGUGGUUGAGAAAGAUCAGAAAUUCAUUCCAUAUGUUUGGACUGUCAUGAGAUGGCAUAAUGAAUACAUUUCCUGGGACCCACAUCAGUUUUGUGGAAUCGAUAAUAUUUCUCUUCCUGCUGGAAUCAUGUGGAAGCCAGAUCUCACUAUCGAAGAAAUGACAGAGAAGGAUAAAACAUCUCCGACUCCUUAUCUCACCAUCAAUGACAAAGGUGAUGUUGAAAUCAACAACGACAUGGUGCUGGUCAGCACCUGCAGGAUGCACAUUUACAAAUUCCCCUUCGACAUACAGAGCUGCAAUCUCACCUUCAAGUCUGUCAUACACACCGCCAAGAACAUUCGGCUACAGGCAAGCGACAACUCUUCCGAGGCCACAGAGUGGUCUCGUGAGGUGAUGAGGACCCAGUACGAAUGGCUGUUUCUCAACAUGGUCGUCACCACCGUCAAUGCCACUGAUUGGGUCAGCCAAGACAAGAUCAUUUACACUAUCACCAUGAAGAGGCGCUCUAUUCUCUACAUCGUCAAUUUCCUGCUGCCCGUCCUGUUCUUCUUGUGUCUGGAUUUGGCCUCCUUCAUGAUCUCAGACAGUGGAGGUGAAAAGCUCGGAUUUCAGGUCACUGUGCUGCUUGCUGUCACUGUGUUACAACUUAUUCUGAAUGAAAUUCUACCAGCCUCAUCAAACCGGAUUCCACUUAUAGCGGUCUACCUUAUUGGGAUCUUUGGUCUCAUGUUCCUGAGCCUCCUGGAAACAAUUCUGGUAAUGUAUCUGAUUAACAAGGACUCUUUGUAUCAAGAAACCACAGCAGACAAAGACCAAAGCCAGAGUGAGGAGUGUAACAAACUUGGAACUGCCAACUUCCACAACCAUCACAUAGAGGUGAACAAAUGGACUCAUUGUGCUUCUAUCUACGAUGUGUCUACUGGUGGAACUCCAUCUGAACAUCAAUCAGUGGCCAGAGAGGGCAACAGCAACAAACUGAUGGACGAGUUCCAUGCCUUGGAGAAGCUUUCGGAAGAACUUGGGCAGAUCGAGAAAACUCUUUCUCUGCUUCUCCAUAACAUCAAGAAAGAGGAGAAGCCUGGCUACUGGACCACAGUUGCUGAAAGACUCAACAGAGUGUUCUUUAUCCUGUAUUUAACAGUGGUCAGUCUGUUUUUAUCCAUUAUCUUUUCAAGAUGGAACAGUGAAGAACAGUGAUGAAAGCUUCAUAUCAAAAACGUUUUGGUUGUUUUAUUUGAACAUUUCCUUUGUAAUGACUAGCUAUGACUACUGCUAUCAUUUUAUAACUUGUUUUUUUAUUUUUAUUUGCUUUAAGCAUGCCUUGUUUCCAUCGCUGUUCAGUGUGUGCAGAAAUAAUACAGCCGUGGCACCAGAACAUUUAUCUAACAUGAGUCUGUGUUAAAUAUUUGCCUCACAAGACUUGCUGGCUAACUGCUGAACCUGAUGAAGAAAAGCUGACUUGCUAGUCAGUCACAUUAGCUCCCGGGUACUCCCUAUUUUCCUACUACUGCACUGUUUACUCCACUUGGCAUUUUAUCCAUCAAUGUUCAAUGUCAAAAUAAAAGAGGAAAUC